AGGGAGGACAGACACUGAAGUGGAAAUGAGCGCGCUGGACGUGAAGAAGCUGAAAGUGGCCGAGUUACGGACCGAGCUGCAGCAGCGCGGCCUGGACACUCGAGGGCUGAAGGCCGACCUGGUGGAGCGGCUGCUGGCCGCCAUCGAGGCCGAGACGGCGGGGGCGGCGCCAGGAGAGGCCGGGGAUGUCGGGCCUACGGAGGUGGACGCCGGGGAGCCCCAGGAGGCCCCAGGAGGGGAGACCGAGGCGGUUGAAUUGACGGCGGGGGACCAGCAGAGUAUCGCUGGGGUGGAGGAGGAGGAGGAGGAGGAAGAAGAGGAGGAAGUCGCCCAGGCGACGGAGGCAGAGUCGGCGAGGCCGGAGCCUCUGGAGGCCCUCGGCCCGAGCGAUGCCGGGCCCCAGCCGCCCGAGCAGGCACCCAGAGAGGCAGAGACGCCCGUCGAAGCUGCUCCCCCGACGGUGGACGUACAGCCGGACCCGAAGCCGCUCUCCGAAGCAGAAGAGGCUGUCAGCCCGGCCCAGGCGUCGCCUGCCCCUUCCCCGCAGAGGCCCGCGGCCCAGGAGCCCCAGGUCAUGCUCUCCCGGGGGUCACUCUACCUCGGGGGCUCUCCUGGGGGCGUGUGUGUGUUGUGUAACGGCAGCCCCCCCUGUCUCUCUCCCCCAGACAACAGCGACCUGCACUUCGAGGUGGGGAAGGGCGCGCUGGGCGGGCAGCCCCUCUUCUCCGAGCGGUUCCCCUUCCUGUGGUCGGGCUGCAGGGUCACCCACGGCGUCGCGCAGGGGCAGGUCGGGUUCGAGGCCAAGUUCGUCAGGAAGCUGUCGGACAAGGAGCUGCAGCCCGACGACCCGGAGGUGCCGGUGCUGAGAGUCGGCUGGUCGGUGGACGGGUCCAGCUUCCAGCUGGGAGAGGACGACCUGUCCUACGGGUAUGACGGACGGGGCAAGAAGGUGACGGGGGGCCAGGUGGGGUUUGUGGUGGAAGGGGUGGGGUUUGUGCCCGGGGGGGCUGGGCGUGUGCAGGCAGAGGCGGUGGGGUUUCUGUGGUGCGGGGGCCUGGUGUUGCUGCGGGAGCCAUCUCUCUGUGCCCGUCCUCUGCAGGCGAACGUGUACUCCUCGGCCCAGCGCCGCAAGCUGCUGCGCUUCAAGGGCUUCCAGCGCAAGGCGGUGGUCGUCUUCCCCACGGACGAGGAGUGGAAGCGCAGGCUGGGGCUCCUGCAGCAGGAGGAGGGGGAGGAGGUGCCGGAGAUCUCGCUGCUCAAAGUCAAGGUGAGCUUCACUCUCCCGCAGUGCAGCGAGGUCCUGGACGAGGUGCUGUUCUCCGAGCUGACCAAGGAGGAGACGGAGAAGCUGCUGCUGGGCUACAAGGAGGAGGCCCGCCGCCUGCUGCCCGCGCCCCCCAAGCGCAAGAAGAACCGCAACCGGCGCAAGCCGCCCCCCCAGCCUGGCCGGCCCCCCCGGCCGGGAGACCGGGACCGCGGAUACGGGGGGGGCAGAGGGGGCUAUAUCCAGAGGCCGUACGGACAGCCCCAGCCCUACUGGGGCCCCCAGCGCGGGGAGUACCGGCCCUUCUUCAGCCAGUACUGCACCGAGUACGACACCUUCUACAACCGCGGCUACAACCCCCAGCGCUACCGUGACUACUACCGCCAGUACACCGGCGAGUGGGACCGGUAUUACCAGGACCAGGAUCGCUAUGGCUACAGCGGGGGCCACAGGAACUACAACUACGGCGGCGGCGGCAACUAUCGGGGUUACCGGUAAACCCGCCUCCCCCACCGCCCCUCCCUGAAAUCGACACGGCAGCUACACCCCCUCUCCCUGCCUGCCUGCCUCUCCCCUCCGGCGUCGCAGGUCCCCCCAGGGGAGCGGGGCGCGCUGUCGCCAGGACGGGCCGGGGGGAGGCCGGCCCGGGGCAGCGCCGAGGAGGCAACUCGACUCUUUUUCUAAAUCGUUUUUAAUCGUUGAUCCUCUUUCUUAAUCCGCCGCCACAGGAAAAAAAAAAAAACUACAGACUUUUCGGUUGUAUUUGUAAAUCGAAA